AUGCACGGUGUGCUGGCGCCCGGUCUGACGGAAUGGAAGCUACCAACAGGCUGCGGUUACCGGGAGUACUGCUGGCGCUACGGAGAGCCGGGGUGGCCACUCUGCCUUCCAGGGAGGCAGGUCGGGCAGUUUGCCGUCACUCCUUCCGAACUGCUGCACGUUGUAGCCGAGCAGGCUAAGAGAAAACGCAAAGAGUUCACAAAUCCAGUCGCUCAAGCCUGA